GAGGCGCGUGUGACGGACACCGGAGCACAGACCCGGGACUGACGCGGACCCGAACCGAACCGAGACAAGACGAGACCCGGACUAAACCCGGACUAAACCAGGACUAAACCAGAACUAAACCAGGACUGAAGCCGAGGAGGAGCGCGCAGCAGCGGCGAGACUGUGCAGGACGCGGUUCUGUGGUUCUGUGGCUCACGAGCCGCGGGUCCGGGACGGGGGGACCGGGAAGGGGGGAGGAUCUUUGGAGGUGACCCGGACGGACCCGGGACUUUUGGCCCGAAUGAACCAAACCGGGUCCAGACUCGGGACUUAAACUGUGUCACAGUGAAACAGUGAAAGUGUCGGAGUGACUCCCGCUGCGACUGAUGCUGUGUCCUUGAGCAAAACACACCAGAGACCAGGACUGAACCAGGACUAAACCAGGACUGAACCAGGACUGAACCAGGACUGAACCAGGACUAAACCAGGACUAAACCAGGACUGAUGUUGUGCACGAGGACUCACGUGCACGAGCGUCUGCGUCUGGUCCUCAGGUCCCUCCAAGACCUGGACCAGAGACGAGUCUGUCAGAAAGUCCUGGUCCAGUCCGUCUUAGACCCUCAGGGAGUCCUCCUGAAGACCGGUCUGAAUCCACAAGAACCAGAACUGAACCCCGACCAGAACCACAGGGACCAGAACCACGAGGACCAGAACCACAAGGACCAGAACCACGAGGACCAGGACGAGAACCUGCAGCUCCAGGAACAACUGACGUCUCUGAGGACUCGAGACUCUGGACUUUUGUCUCAGAUCCAGGACUUGGAGCAUCAGAUCCUCGAGCUGCGAUUGGACGCUGACCGGUCACAUGACCCGCCCCCCAGACCACGUGACUCCCCCGAGAGCCCCGCCCCCGAGAGCCCCGCCCCUGAGAGCCACGCCCCCGAGAGCCACGCCCUCCAGAGCCCCAUGCCCUCCCCGUGCCUCCCCGUUCGUUCUCGUGUGUAA